AUGUUGAAUCCCAAUCAACAGCAGCAACAACAAUCGGCGGCCAAUAUGAAAUCUUCGUUCAGUGUAACUGAAGAAAAUCGUCAUUACUUGAAAUUAUUCAUCCAGACCUACCAUAAUCUACCCAUCUUGUGGGAUACAACACUACGCGACUAUACAAAUCGAGAUAAACGUGCCGAGGCAUAUCAACAGUUGGUUCCAAUUUAUAAAUAUUUAAAGCGGGAUGCCAACUUACAGGAUGUGAAAAAGAAAAUCAAUACUCUAAGGACCAAUUAUCGCAAGGAAUUGAAAAUUGUUGAAAGUGCCCGUAGGCAGGGGACAAGUUAUCAGCCACGUUGUUGGACAUUCUAUGAAUUGGAUUUUUUGAGGAAUGCAGAGAAAUUUCUGGCCAUUGAUCCGAAUUAUAUUAAAACUGAAACACCAAAUACCCCAGCGACGAAUUCGCCCUCUCCAUUUGGUCUAUUUGGAGAGACUGCAACACCACAGAGUAAUUUUUUGGAAAUAUCACCGUAUGGAUUUCGUAUGAACAAUGGUAGUUCACCGCCACCAAACAUAACGCAAUUGUUUCAAAAGUCCUUUGGUCCCAAUAGUAGUAAUAGUACUAAUGCUGUUGAACAAAAGCCUCAGGCCAUUUCGGACUCAGGGAAUUCCUUAAAUAAUGUAACCGAGAGCAUUACAAAUGAGGGAAAUAAUAUAAAUACAUAUAACCAACAGAUGUCAUCGCAGGCGACAUCCUCCACAACAAACAGCGAUGGUGGAAAUAAACGUUUGAAAAUGUCUAAUAACAAUCAGUUUCAUGCAUCACCUUCAUGUAAUUGUCUAUCCUCCAAUUAUCCUGAAGAAGAAUCCGUCACACGGACCUGGGCAUAUAAACUUAAACGUUUACCACGAGAUCAACGUCUGUUCGCUGAAAAGUUUAUCAACGAUAUUCUCUUUGAAGCGGAAUCGGGUACUUUACAUCGUGGUUCAAUGCAAUUGAAUGCCUUUGAACCCUAUGUACGAUUCGAAGAGUCUCAUGUCGAUGAGAAUACCAACAGUACAAGUCAUGAUAAAUCCCAAAGUCCACAAAUUACGACAAAUUGUUCUCCAAACACAAUUGGCAGCACCGGCAUGCAAACACAGAGUCAAAGCCAAGGACAUGAAAAUAAUUCGUCAGCAGAAAGUGGUGCUAAACAAACGAAUUUAGAGUUUAAUUCGUAUAAUUAA